AUAACUAUUUUUUGUUUGGAAUUUUUAAUAAUAUUAUUUUUCAACCAUACCAACAACAGCAACAAAAUUGGUAAUUUUACGAAUUCGCUUUUUUUUACCAGUUAAGCAGUAACUUGGCUGAUUUGGCCGUUUGUUUGUGAUCGUGUGUUGUGUUUGUGUGUAACCGUGGGAUAUAGAGAGAGAUGUCUAACAUAAGACAUCGCCCUCUGGCCCCACCGGGUACGGGCGACAGUGAUGACAACUUUACAGAUGAUGAGAGUACACCAUUGACACAAGAUAUUUAUGGCGGAAGCCAACGUACUAUACAGGAAACAAAAGGCUGGGAUGUAUUCAGAGAUCCACCCAUUAAAAUAGAAACGGGCUCAACGGCAAAUCAAGAAUGUCUAGAAUUAACUGUAAAAAUUUUAAAAAUUUUCGCCUAUAUCUUUACGUUUAUAAUCGUAUUGCUGGGCGGUGUGGUGGCAAAAGGCUGUGUAUUAUUUAUGACAUCACAAAUCCGUAAAGAUAAGAGAAUAGAAUACUGUAAUAAAGAUUUAGGUCGUGAUAAAACUUUUGUGGUUAAAUUACCCGAAGAAGAACGUAUAGCCUGGAUCUGGGCUUUAAUUAUAGCCUUCUCUAUACCCGAAUUGGGUUCUCUUAUACGUUCGGCUCGUAUUUGUUUUUUCAAAACUUUUAAAGUUCCCAAGACGGGUCAUUUUCUAUUCAUGUUUAUUAUGGAAUCUUUAAAUACUUUCGGCACGGCUCUGCUAAUGUUUGUUGUUUUGCCUCAAUUGGAUGCCAUCCAGGGAGCCAUGUUAACGAAUUGUUUAUGUGUUAUUCCCGGUAUUUUGGGCUUGAUGUCGCGCACCAGUAAAGAGGGCAAACGUUUUGCCAAAAUGUUAAUUGAUUUAGUGGCAGUAGCUGCCCAGGUGACUGGUUUUGUUAUAUGGCCUCUAUUGGAGAAUCGUAAAGAAUUAUGGGUCAUACCAGUGGCUUGUCUAAUGGUCUCGUGUGGCUGGUGGGAAAAUUAUGUUACUUCACAAUCUUCCUUUGCCUUAAUCAGAUCUAUGGGUAGAGUUAAGGAUGAUUUAAAAUAUACCCGAUAUUUCAGUCAUAUGUUUUUGUCUAUAUGGAAAAUUUCCUUGUUCCUGUGUUCUGUGUUGUUAAUCUAUUGGAUUCAGGGUGAGGAACCAGGCAAUAUUUUCGGUUUAUUCAGUGAUGCCUUUGGACCUCAUAAGAUUUCUGUAGAUGAAUUGGCUACCGCUUUGACCAACAGUUUACCCGAUACCCUAGAUGCCGCCAAUAUAGAUAGUAUUGAUAUCGAGGCUUCCUAUAAUACAGUGAUCUAUGUUUUACUGAUCCAAAUAUUCGGCGCUUAUCUUUGUUAUAUUUUCGGCAAAUUCGCUUGUAAGAUUUUAAUUCAAGGUUUCAGUUAUGCCUUCCCGGUCAGUUUGACCGUGCCCGUUGCUGUGUCUUUGUUGAUAGCGGCUUGCGGUAUUAGGAUCGAUGAUCCCUGCUUCUUCCACGAUACCAUACCAGAUUACUUGUUCUUUACAAGUCCCUCGAACUUUAGAUUUAAUGAUUUUGUUACUAAUCAAAUGGCUUGGGCUUGGAUCUUAUGGUUAUUGUCACAGACCUGGAUUGGCUUACAUAUAUGGACACCCAAAUGUGAACGUUUAGCCACCACAGAGAAAUUAUUUGUAAAACCCAUGUAUUGCUCUCUGCUGAUCGAUCAAUCUAUGGCCAUGAAUAGAAGAAGAGAUGAUCAGGCGGAUGUUAAAACUGAGGAUCUCUCGGAAAUUGAAAAGGAAAAGGGUGAUGAAUACUAUGAAACCAUUUCCGUACACACCGAUGGCUCGGCUAUACAAAGUAAACCCACCAUUAAGUCUUCCGAUCAUAUAACCAGAAUCUAUUCCUGCGCUACUAUGUGGCAUGAAACAAAAGAUGAGAUGAUAGAGUUUUUAAAGAGUAUCAUGCGUAUGGAUGAAGAUCAGUGUGCUCGUAGAGUGGCUCAGAAAUAUCUGAGAAUUGUUGAUCCCGAUUAUUAUGAAUUUGAGACUCACACUUUCUUCGAUGAUGCUUUUGAAAUUUCCGAUCACAGUGAUGACGAUAUCCAAGUAAAUCGUUUCGUCAAACUUUUGGUAGCUACUAUGGAUGAUGCCGCCUCGGAAAUCCAUCAGACCAGAAUACGUUUACGUCCGCCUAAGAAAUAUCCCACACCCUAUGGUGGUCGUUUGGUUUGGACUCUGCCCGGUAAAACGAAAUUUAUUGCUCACUUAAAAGACAAAGAUCGUAUUCGUCAUCGUAAACGUUGGUCUCAAGUCAUGUACAUGUACUAUCUGUUGGGUCAUCGUCUCAUGGAACUGCCUAUACCCGUGGAUCGUAAAGAUACCAUAGCCGAAAAUACUUAUCUCUUGACUUUGGAUGGUGAUAUUGAUUUUAAACCAAAUGCUGUCACUUUACUGGUGGAUUUGAUGAAGAAAAACAAGAAUUUAGGUGCUGCCUGUGGUCGCAUUCAUCCUGUGGGCUCUGGUCCCAUGGUGUGGUAUCAGCUGUUCGAAUAUGCUAUAGGUCAUUGGCUGCAAAAGGCCACCGAACAUAUGAUUGGUUGUGUACUUUGUAGUCCCGGUUGUUUCUCACUUUUCCGUGGCAAAGCCUUGAUGGACGAUAAUGUUAUGAAGAAAUAUACCACGCAAUCCGAUGAAGCUCGUCAUUAUGUACAAUACGAUCAGGGAGAAGAUCGUUGGUUGUGUACUUUGCUUUUGCAGCGUGGUUAUCGUGUCGAAUAUUCAGCUGCCUCCGAUGCCUACACUCACUGUCCCGAAGGUUUCAAUGAAUUCUACAAUCAACGUCGUCGCUGGGUACCCUCCACCAUUGCCAAUAUUAUGGAUUUGCUAGGCGAUGCCAAACGUACGAUUAAGAUUAAUGACAACAUUUCACUGCUCUAUAUCUUCUAUCAAAUGAUGUUAAUGGGUGGUACUAUUCUUGGACCUGGUACGAUUUUCCUUAUGUUGGUGGGUGCUUUUGUGGCUGCCUUCCGUAUCGACAAUUGGACUUCUUUCCAUUAUAAUAUCAUUCCGAUUUUGGGCUUUAUGUUUAUCUGUUUCACCUGUAAGGCCAAUAUACAACUGUUUGUGGCUCAAGUUCUGUCAACGGCAUAUGCUCUCAUUAUGAUGGCUGUCAUUGUGGGUACAGCUUUGCAGUUAGGCGAGGAUGGUAUAGGUUCUCCGUCGGCCAUUUUCUUGAUAUCCAUGGUGGGGUCGUUCUUUAUAGCGGCGUGUCUUCAUCCGCAGGAGUUUUGGUGUAUAUCGGCGGGUCUCAUUUAUUUACUGUCCAUACCUUCUAUGUACUUGUUGUUGAUUUUGUAUUCCAUCAUUAACUUGAAUGUCGUAUCCUGGGGUACUCGAGAGGUAGUGGCUAAGAAAACUAAGAAAGAAAUGGAGGCAGAAAAGAAGGCUGCCGAAGAAGCUGCCAAGAAAGCUAAACAAAAGAGUAUGCUGGGCUUCUUACAAGGUGGUGUGGGCAACAAUGGCGAUGAGGAAGGUUCUGUGGAAUUCUCUUUAGCGGGUCUAUUCCGUUGUAUCUUCUGUACGCAUGGCAAAACUUCCGAUGAAAAACAACAGCUCACCACUAUAGCCGAAUCUUUGGAUACUAUCAAAAAUCGCAUUGACAGCAUAGAACAGACCAUUAAUCCCCACGAUCAACAUUCACAUCGUCAUGGACGCAGACGUACUACUUCUAGUGGUUCAAAAGAUCAUCAUUUACUCUCCUCGGUGGCUGAGAAGUCUGGGGAUGAAUCUGAAGAAUCUGAUACUGACACUUCUGUCGAGCCAAAACAAGAAAGAGAUUUCCUUACCAAUCCCUAUUGGAUUGAAGAUCCCGAUUUACGUAAGGGUGAGGUAGACUUUUUGUCUAGUGCAGAGUUGCAAUUCUGGAAAGAUUUAAUUGACAAAUAUCUCUUCCCCAUCGAUAAUGAUCCUGUGGAACAGGCUCGUAUUGCCGCCGAUCUAAUAGAAUUGAGGAACAAGUCGGUCUUCGCCUUUUUCAUGGCCAAUGCCUUGUUUGUCUUGAUUGUAUUUCUACUGCAAUUGAACAAGGAUAAAUUACAUAUUGUUUGGCCACUGGGUGUCAAAACCAAUAUAACCUACAUUGAAGAAACUUCCGAGGUUCAUAUAUCGAAAGAAUAUCUACAAUUGGAACCGAUUGGUUUGGUGUUUGUGUUCUUCUUUGCCUUGAUUUUGGUCAUACAAUUUACGGCCAUGUUGUUCCAUCGUUUCGGUACUUUGUCCCACAUUUUGGCUUCGACCGAAUUGAAUUUCUUUAAAAAGAAAUCGGAAGAUCUUUCGCAAGAUGCACUGAUAGAUAAGCAUGCCGUCGAAAUAGUUAAAAAUCUACAACGACUGCAGGGCAUAGAUGGAGAUUAUGACAAUGAUUCGGGUAGUGGUCCCGAUCGUAUUGCUAGACGUAAGACUAUACAAAAUCUGGAGAAAGCAAGGCAACCUCGUCGUCAAAUUGGUACUUUGGAUGUGGCCUUUAAGAAACGUUUUAUGAAAUUGACCGCUGAAGCUGAAAAUAAUCCUUCUACACCCAUUUUAACACGACGCUUGACCAUGCGUGCCGAAACUAUAAGAGCUUUGGAGGUUCGCAAAAACUCCGUUAUGGCUGAGAGAAGAAAAUCGGCCAUGCAGACUUUGGGAGCCAAAAAUGAAUAUGGCAUAGCAGCUGUAUCAACUUUGAAUAAUAAUGGUGGUAUUCCCAAUGUCCGUAGCGGUCGUGUCUCCAAUGCUGGCAUUAAUAUUAAAGAUGUUUUCAAUGUAAAUGGUGGUCCUUCCGAGCAAAUAUAUGGUUCAAAUAAUGGCGCCGUUAACCAGGGUUAUGAACAUGUUAAUGAAGAUGACGAUGGCAAUUCUCUCAGAUUGACCACUAGAAAUCCACCACAAGUUACCUGGGGUACUAAUAGCAGCAAUACAGGACGCAUGUAAACGACAGACAAACGAUUCUGUAAAGGACAAAACAAAACACAGUGAAAACAAAAACUAUUUUAAUUUAUGAAUAAAUUAAGUUUUAUUAGAAAGAAAAACAUUUUUACUAUUAUUAAAUAAUUGAUAAGUUCGUUUAUAGUUGUCACAACUUUAAAGUCUUCCAAUUUCUAUAUUUUGCAAACUGUUUUUGCUUUUUAAAUAUUUUCAAACACCCUACUGCCUUCAAAAAAUAACUUGACAAUAAAUUUUAGUAUAUAAAUAAUAUUUUUUUAAUAAUAAAAUUGUAAAUAGUUUUUAAAGUUUUAUUUUUUUUAAUUUAAUCUAAAAUCACACAACGAAAUAUAUUUUUGUUUUUUUAUAAUUAUAUAAAAUAUGAAUUUGUACUCAAAAUAUAAUUAAGCUAAUCACACUGCCGUUAAAAUAUUAUUUCCCUGGAAAAGAUUAGCCAAAUCUGAUUCGUUGCUGAGGGGAAAUAGUUUUUUUUUAAUAAUUUAUAAAUAAAUCAAUUUAUUAAUUAAUGUAA